CUUGUGGCUGAAGCGAAGUCGUUGCGGAAGUGGCGCGGCCGAUGGUGUCGUUCGCAUCCCCUCUGUUCUGGCAGAUCCAUUACCUCGUCACGAACCUAAGCAAGAAAAACUUCAAGACGAAUGUCGCCGAGUUGAACCAGCUGGUCGGGCUCUACGGCGAAGACGCUCGCGUGUUCCUCUUGAGCUGCCUCGUGCAGGAGAUCGACUUUCGCGACACCAAGAGUCACAAGGACUCAUUGAAAGUGCAGCUUCUCACGCACGAACUCGGCCAAGCGUCGACGCGGCCCAACUUUACCACGUUUUUGUGCCAUGCAAUCGACGGCGCCAACGCGUCGACGCCCAUUACGGAAGAGUUCCUGACUCAAUUCUGUAAAGUGAUUAAGCUCAAUCUCGCGCAGCAGAUCACGAUCGGCCUGUCGUUUGCGCAGUCUGAAGUCCGCGGCGUCGCCUUGGAGGCGAUCGCGUUCCUCAAGCUCAAACUGCCCGAGUUGAGCCUGGCAGGUUCGAAGCUUCCCCCGGACGUUCUGCAUUCGCUCGUAUUCUUGUUGCGCACUGAAGACGCUUUCCAAGCCGACUUGGCGCAGACCGACUCGUUCCUCGCCGGCAUUGCCGCCGUCCAUCCCAACGAAAUGUCGAGCCUCGAGAUGAAACCGCUCACCCUUGGCAACUUGGAUCACGUGGACUGCAUGUCUACAUCGCCGCCUCUCCUGGACGCGCUCAUGGACGAUGUUGUCGCGGGCUGUUCUUUCUACGAGCUCAUGGAAGACGUCGGGUACGGCUGCACGGCCAACCCCAAGGUGUUUCGCAGCUUGCUCGCCGAAGCCGGCCUGGACAACUCGCCCUCGAUCGCACCGGGCCAGGUAGCGGGUAUGCUGUCGAUGCUCACUCGUACGUACAAGGGCCACCAGGCAAGCGUGGAGCUCGGGGCGGUCUUACUCUCCAACUUGCCGAGCUACGAAGGCAGCGUCGAGAAUCUGCAGCCGAAGCUGGACACGUGGAAUAUCGAUGUCAUUGCUGAAGUGUUCCAAAAGGACUAUCCGUCGAUCAAGUGGCUGAAGGUCCAGGAAAAGCUCGAUCGGGAAGACCUGGUCAUCGACUCGCCAGGACGGUUCCGCGUCCUCUUGAGCUGCUUCCAGGCCAUCUCCCGCACCAAGUUCAAGCUCCAGACGUUGUUUCGGCCAUGGAAGUACAAGAUGGUGCAGGUCAACGUGGUCAAGGCCGCGAUCCAGUCCCCGCCGGACGUGCUCAGUUUCGCCGACAGCGUCAACAAGCUGAGCCCGUUUGAGGGCGCCGACGCGUCGGGCGUCCCAAAGAACGGCGUGUGGUUCUCGUUGGACGUGGUCGAGACGCUCGUGUCGCUCUCGGAAUCGGACGGGUAUGCGAUCGUCAAGGACCUGUUUGACACGGCCAAGUCGCAGUGCCCAGACGUCCUCAUCGCGAAUGUUGCGCAUGCCACGUCCCGAUGGAACGGUCUCAAGGAAGACUUGUUUUGCGACCUCUUUCUCCUGUACGUGGUGGGCAAUCGCCCGAACGCGGCGCUCAUUGUGCGUCAUUUGUACUGUGUCGCGCCCAAGCUCGUGCUGUACGCAUGCGUCAAGGUCUGGCUUACGAGCGCCAAUACUGCGAACGGGCCGCAUGUGCUCGGUCGGCUCUUUUCGCUGCUCAAGAGCACCAGCGAUGCGUACGUUGCGAUGCUGCACUCCAACUAUUACUCGUUGGCGAUCACGAUGGCCAUCGUUGGUGCCAACCAUGACGUCCUUGGCCUCGAAUCGUGGCUCGUCGACAGGUUGAAGAAGGCGCUGCUCCCGUUUGCCACGAGCUUGGUUGCGUACUUGCACCGGAAUGCGAGCCGCGCGAUCCCCAAGGCGCAACUGACCCCGGCCACGAGCCACGUGUUCACGUUGGAGUCGCUGGGGGUCGUUGCCAAGUGUCUGCUGCACUUGGUCACGCUGCCGCCGUAUUUGGUGGCCGAAGUCAAGGCGAUCGUGAUGAAGGCGGCGCCGCCCAAGGAUGAAAUGCAACCAUCGCCGCAGCAACAGCGUGAGUUGCCGCCACCCUCGUCGACGACCGCUUCGGCCAGUCCACCGCCGCCAUCCAAUGCCGUCACCGUCGAAAUGAUUGAAGAGCAAGCCAACGCGUACUUUCAGCAAAUUUACACGAGCGAGCAAAACAUCAACGACGUGGUCGCCAUGCUCAAGCGAUUUCAGUCGUCGAAAGACGAAACGGAGCGCCAGAUCUUUGUGUGCAUGAUUCACAACUUGUUUGACGAGUAUCGCUUCUUUCCGCGGUACCCCGAGACGGAGCUUCGGAUCACGGGCGUCCUCUUUGGCAAACUCAUCGAGCACCAAGUCCUUCCGUCCACAUUUCUUCAAACGGCGCUUCGCCUCGUCUUGGAGAGUCUGCGCGAACCCCCGGCGUCGAAAUUUUUCUUUUUUGGCGCGUGCGCACUGCAGCAGUUUGUCCCGCGGCUGCGCGAAUUGCCCGCGUACUGCAUGAACUUGACCCAGAUUGCGCAUUUGCAGCACGCCCUGCCUGAAAUCAUGCGCCAGGUCCACCAGGUUACGCGCAGCUUGGACCCGUCGGCGACCAAUGUCGCGACUGGAGCUCCUGCGACGCCCGCGGCCGUCCAAGUGACUAUCCCCACCACGGCACCGGCGAGCCCGAAGAAGCAACCUGCGACCUCGCCCAAGAUCCUUGCGACCCCCGUCGCGGCGCCCGCCAUCAUGGACGUCCGCCACAUUUUUAGCCAAGAGUCGAUCGAACAAGUCACCGACAUUGUCGAGCCGGAAGCGUCGAUCGUGGACCGUCUGCACUUUAUCGUGAACAACAUGAGCAUCUCGACGCUGGAAGGCAAGCUCGCCGAAGUCCGCCACCUUCUCGCCCCCGACUACUUUGUCUGGUUUGCCCAGUACUUGGUCGGCAAACGCAUUGCGACCCAGCCCAACUACCACACGGUCUACCUCAUCUUUAUGGAAAAGAUCAACCAGCCCCACCUCGAGCACGCGAUCUUCAAGACCGCGCUCCAGCACGUGCACAAGCUGCUCACGUCCGGCACGAUCACGACCAACUCGCAGCAACGAUCGCUACUCAAGAACCUCGGUUCGUGGAUGGGGCUGAUGACGCUCGGUCGCAACAAGGCGCUGCUCCAGCGCGAUUUGGACCUGAAGGAGCUGCUGUACGUCGGAUACGAGACGGGCCACCUCAUUGCGGUCACGCCGCUCGUUGCCAAAAUCCUCGAAGGUUGCAAAAAGUCGAGAGUGUUCAAGCCUCCCAACCCGUGGAUCAUGGGGCUCAUCCACGCCAUGUCAGAGCUGUACAACGUGCCGGACCUCAAGCUCAACUUGAAAUUCGAGAUCGAAGUCCUGUUCAAGUCGUUCAAACUCAACGUCGAGGACCAACUCAAGGCGAACCUCCUCCACACGCGCCGCCCGCCUCCUCGCAAUGGCAACCCGGACUUCAAUAUCAAGGUCGACAAGGUCGUUGUACCGAUCGAAGCCAAGGCGCUGCUGCAGCAGCAAGCGUCGUCAGCCAAGCCGUCGACGCCGAAAACCCCCCCUGUCAAGGUGCCUGCACCCGUCACCGUGUCCGAGUCGACGGUCAUCCCGAACUUGGCAUCGUACGUGUCGGUAAACCCGGACCUCCCCCUUCACCACGUAAACCUGCGCCGCCUUGUGCCGCUCGCCGUGGAUCGCGCGAUCCGCGAGGUCAUUACGCCCGUCGUCGAGCGCAGCGUCACCAUAGCGUGCAUAACGACGCGCGAGAUCAUUCUCAAGGAUUUUGCGACGGAAGGCGAAGAUGCCAAGAUGCGCAAGGCAGCGCACGUGAUGGUGUCAUCGCUGGCGGGGUCGCUAGCGCUGAUCACGGCCAAGGAGCCGCUUCGGAACUCGAUCGCGUCGCAUUUGCGCGCGCUGCUCCCGACCAGCGAGCCGCAUCAAGUCGACCACGUUGUCACGGUGUGCUCGAGCGAAAACACCGACUUGGGAUGCAUGCUCAUUGAAAAGGCGUCGUCGGAGAAGGCGAUGCGCGACAUUGACGAGGCGCUCGCGCCUGCCUAUGCUGCCCGCCGCCGCGGCUCCCGCGACCUGGUGCAUCCUCAGGUGUUUGAAGGGAGCAUGUCGCCGCCAGCCACGCUUCCACCCAUCUUCCAACCGUCGGCGAACGGCAUCCUGCCCUUGCAAUGGAUGGUGUACGACGCAUUCCAGCGCAUUCCCCGACCGACGACUCUCAACACGAACGAGUCGGCGAGUGCCAACGCUGCCGCGACCACCGCGGCCGGCCUGAACGUGCAACAAGCGCUCGAGCGCUUUGCGUCGCUCAUGGAGAAGUUUGAGGUGUUUGUGCAGCACGUUGUUCGCCAGGCGACGGCUGCGCAGCGCGACUUGCCGCCGUUGAUGUCGCUUCCGCAAGAGAGCGACGUGUUUAUCAUCCUGCGCGACGUCCGGUCGCUCGGCCAGGCCGUCAAGGUCGGGCUACGAGAAGAAGCAUGCCUCAAGCUCGCGAAUCGCAUCGUCAAGUGCAUGUACGAACUCGGCAAAGGGCGCGGCGACGAGCUCUUUCUCGACAUCCUCGUGAGUUCGCUCGACAUGCUUGCCGCGUCGUGCGACGUGCUCAAGAAGGAAGUCGUCCGGUGGAUCUUGUCGAUGCCGGUCGAAGACAAGCUCAAGCUGCACUGCGAAAUCAUCAUUGCGCUCGUGCGACUCAAAGUGGUCGACGUGAUCGAGUUUGACCAGUACUUGACGCGCAACAUGGAGCGCACGGGCCUCGCGAUUGAGUUUGCCGUGUACGUGGUCCGGCAGUGUUUGUUUUUGGACCACGUGAACCUACUCAAGCAGCUGCCGCAGACGCUGGACGCGCUCGAGCGCAUUGUGGACCGGCACGGCGGCAACCCGAGCAACAAGAACAUUGUGAUUUUGUCCAACUUGCUCGAUCAAGCCAAGAAGCAGCAGCAGCUGAAGAAAGGACCGUCGCCGCCGCCGCCGCUGGCGAAAGGAGGCGUCGAGCAGGCGGCCGCCGCGUUUCGACACACGGUGAGCAACGCGAUGGAGCACUGGGUCGCGCUGGUCACCGAUCCUGGCACGAACCACAGCAAGAUGCACAUUCAAUUUCUCGCGAUGCUGAAACAAUUUGGUCUUCUCAAAGACGAAGACACGAUGGGGCUGUUUUUCAAGUGCGCCGUGGAAAUUUGCGUCGACGUGUGUUUGAAAACUGCCUACUCGAAGCCGUGCGCGGGAAAAAAGGUCGCGCUCCAGUACAACGUGAUCGAUGCGCUCACGCAGCUCAUGGUCGUCCUGAUCAAGUACUUGGACCCGCAAGCGUCGACCAAGGUCCUGACCGCCGCGAUCGGCGCGAUCGUCCAUGUCGUGCUGCUCUUUCACGACCAAGCUGUGAAGAAGAAGGGCGUGUUUGACCAGCGCGUGUAUUUCCGCGUGUUUGUGAACCUCCUCAAGGACUUGACGGCGCCGGAACCGCUGCUGGAUGCGAUGCAACUGGUCGUUCUCAACACGUUUGCUGGCGCGCUCAACACGCUCCAGCCUGCCAACGUCCCUGCGUUUGUGUUUGCAUGGACAGAGCUCGUCAGCCAUCGGUGCUUCAUGCCGCUGCUUUUGCGCGCCCGGCAGCAGCGCGGGUGGCAGAUCCUCCACCGCCUCCUCAUGAGCUUGCUCGUGUUUCUCGAACCGUUUCUCCGCCUCUCGAUCGACGACCCGUCCAUCGCGGCGCUGUACAAGGGCACGAUGCGCGUCGUCCUUGUGCUUCUCCAUGACUAUCCCGACUUUUUGAGUGAGUUUUACACGUCGUUUUGCGAUAUCUUGCCACCGACGUGUGUUCAGCUUCGCAACGUGAUCUUGAGCGCGUUUUCCCGGUCGAUGCGGCUCCCGGACCCGCUCACGCCCGGCCUCCAAGUGUCCCAACUGCCUGAAGUGAGCAUGGCGCCGCGCCUCAUGCCGUCGUGGGGCGCCGCGCUCGCGCACAACAACAUGAAGGAAUACCUGGACGAGUUUUUGCGCGCGCCGUCGAAUCGCGCGUCUGUGUUUCCGCACGACUUGAUCGCGAAGCUCCACACAAACAACGCGUCGGCAGAGUCGACGUAUGCCGUGCCCGCGCUGAAUGCAGUCGUGCUGUACCUGGGCAAAGAAGCCAUCGCAGACAUGUCGACCGCCGACGGGACCAAACAGUUUGACCAGUCGGCGAGCAUGGACGUGUUUCGAUUUCUCGCCGACGAAUUCGACGUUGAAGGACGGUACUUGUACCUGUCGGCGAUGGCAAACCACCUCCGGUACCCCAACACGGACACGCACUACUUUAGCUGCGUCCUGCUCUACCUCUUCUCCAACUCGACCCACGCGAUCGUGAAGGAGCAGAUCACGCGCGUCCUCCUCGAGCGAUUGAUUGCCAACCGCCCGCAUCCGUGGGGCCUCCUCGUCACGUUCAUCGAACUCAUUCGCAACCCAAGCUACAAGUUUUGGGAGCAGGACUACCUCAACUGCUCGGCGCAGAUCCGCGAUGUCUUUGACGACGUCGCAAGGACGUGCAUGGUCCCGAUUCCCCCGCGCACAAACGCCGCCGACGCGUAA